AUGGACAACUACGGCCCCGAAGGCGGCCAGAAUAUCCCGCCACGCUGGCAAAAUGAGCCAAUUACUUCUUACGCUCCAAGGCUGGUGAGCCUCGGGGUUUCACCUAAUAAUCCAAAUCUCCAUCUCAACAUUGAGGACCAGCGGUACUAUCAGCAGUACGUACUGGAAUUGUCCAAAGGUUUCAUAAAAGAAAGGCAGAUGAGGAUACCUGCAGAGCAGCAACCGCAACAACAGCAAUCGCAACCACCACAGAGGCCGCAGCUUUCGCAGCCAUUGCAGUCAAAGCCAUCACAAGAACCGCAGCAACCACAAACGCAACAAUCAUGGCCACAGCCGUCGCAAAAGGAGCUAUCUGACAAAGUCGACCAAUAUUACGUGCCUUAUAUCAACCAUCGGGAGACUAAACUGCUGUUGGAGAUGAAAAGAAAUCAAUCGGCUAUAUUUAAGCAGAGCGAAAUGGUCGAGAUGUACGAGCAGGCCCUUUUGCAGGCCAAAUGUAAGCUCCGGGAAAACCUAAAUGCUCAGAAUCACUUGUACGCCGAGCAUGCCCUCCUUAUAGCCGCAAAGAAAGCCACUCUAAGCUCGUCUGCAGGCCAUUCGGUCCAAGAACGCGAGGUUUUAACACCCAUCCACGUCUGGCCAACUUUGCAACCUAUUGAGGAUAUCCGCCUCGCGCUCCCAGAAGUGGCAAGGCGGGUAUACACACGCCAGCGCAACGCCAUCAUCAGCAACGACCAUCACGGUUCGUUGUUCCUCCUUUCGGGAAAUUUGGACGAGGAACCCGACGUGAUCGGUUCCCACAAAUUCAACCAAGGGGUGUUCAAAAGAAUAUGGGACCUCUCCUCAAACGUUGAAAUCGCGAUCGGACAAGAGUGGGAGCAGUGUUGGCACAUGCUCAAGCAGCUGGGCACCGGAUCGUUUGUCCAGUCGACCGACACGGCCCUGAGGGCCAUGAAGCGUUGGGAGUACAUGCAUGGUCUCGGAAACAGCAGUCACAUCCCCCUCUGGCAUCUUUUGAACAUAUACGGCCGAAACCUCCACAUGCAAGCUACGCAAGAAUCCGGCUGGCUUUUCCCUUUCAAGCUUUGUCACGACGAAGACGGCAAGGUAAAGGGUGGGCCGGGCAACAAGAUGUCUCCGCCGCACUUUUUUUGCAAUCCCAAGCUGGCAGCCCUCUUCGAAGAAGAAGCAAAGAAUGGGCAUCAGCUGGAGUCCAUCCGCGACCUGAUCCGAUCCUCCGUGUCGCCUUAUGUAGGCCGCAUCUGGGCAAGCAAAAUGGACAAGCUUAGCUCUUCCGACUUUGACAAGUCCCUGCGGUGGAGGCAGUACGGUCAAAGUCGGUACGGUGAGUUGCUUUCACCUAUCGACGGGGAGAGCCCUCUGGUCCGGUUGCCACGUUUGAUUGCUGAGCUUGACGCCGCCCUUUCGUACGCGCAAACCAGCCCGGUGGUCGACACGUUUAAGCACGUUCCUCGGCCAGCCGACCCGCAAGACUUGGGCUUUUGGGAAAGUACAGUUGGAAGAACGCUCGAAUGUCUCGAAGAGCUUGAGCAGCUGCGCACGAUUCACCUCGACAUUUUUUUGCAAGAACUAGGGUUGUCUGCAGGCGCGGUGGCUAGGGCCGUCGAUCUCUGGAUCGCUCAUGUUACUUGGGAUGGAAAAAGGAGUAUACCUCAGUCUACCGAGAAUGAGGAUAACGAAGAGACGAAUCAAGAUGACGUUAGCCAGGGAGACAGGAGUAAGGACGAAACGUCGCCGGAAAAUCGUGCCGGGCCGGCACCAGAAGGUGAAGCACCGGCCAUGGAACGCGGUAUCGAAGAGUCCGCCCCAGAAGGGAGGUCAUCUGCUGGAAACGACAAUGCGCCCGCCAAGAAAACAUGGGAAGAUGGCAACUUUACAGCGGAGCAAUGUGCUCAACAACUCAGUCAUUCGCAAGAUGAUUCUGGGCAGAAUCGGGCAUCCGACGAGGACCAUCAUCAGCCGUCACGUCUCGGGGCAAGUUCGGUCCAGGACAACGGCGAGCGGGUUUCCCAGGCCUGUCGCGACCGGGAUUCGACUCUUGACGGUGCGAAGCCACAUUUUAUCCACCGCCUCAGACCGCAAAGUAAAGCUGGACGUCGCUUUUGGCGCUGGCUGAAGACGGCCUAUCCUGAGGAGGCGGAGCAAGUGAGACGUAAACGCAAAUCGUGA